AAUUUUGACCUCCUCCUUGCAUGUUGGAAGGUGAUGUACAAAUCUGUGGUGAUUGACUGUAGAAACUUGAAUGAGAAUGCCUACUCUUGAACAUCCAGAGUAUCCUGAAGCAACUCUGCUUCACUUGGAAAGUAUAAUGCCCUGUCGAGAAUCCCAGAUGUCCACUUUGCUGUCAAUAUUUGGAGAGCGUCAGCAAUAUAGCUUCCCAUCUAUCUUUAUCUAUGGACAUACAUCCAGUGGAAAAACUUACGUGCUACAAACUCUUCUAAAAACACUAAAGCUUCCUCAUGUAUUUGUGAACUGUGUUGAAUGCUCUACUUCAAGGCUUCUUCUAGAGAAAAUUCUGAGCCAGUUGCAGAUCCUUUCUUCUAAAACUAAACAUGCUUCACACACAUCCUGCGACACUUUGAAUCAGUUUGUAUAUCUGUUUAAGCAAGAGACUAUGGCUGAAGAGCUACAGAAUGAAACAAUAUACAUUGUACUGGAUAAAGCAGAACAGCUGAGGGAAAUGGAGGCAAAUGUGCUGCCAGCAUUUCUUAGACUACAAGAACUGGCAGACAGAAAUGUGACUGUCAUCUUGGUCACUGAAAUUGUAUGGGAACUGUUCCGUCCAAAUACAGGAUGCUUUGAACCACUCACCUUAUAUUUUCCUGACUAUAGCAUAGGACACCUGCAAAAGAUUCUGUCUCAUGAUCAUCCUCCAGAGUAUUCUGCUGAUUUCUAUGCUGCCUACAUUAACAUUCUCCUUGGUGUCUUCUACACAGUCUGCAGGGACCUGAAAGAGCUUCGACAUCUGGCAGCACUAAAUUUCUCAAAGUACUGUGAACCAGUGGUCAGGGGAGAAGCAAACGAACGUGAUACACGUAGACUCUGGAAAAAUAUUGAAUCUCAUUUGAAGAAAGCAAUGCAGACUGUUUAUCUCCGGGAAGUAUCAAGCUCACAGUGGGAGAGACUACAACAGGACGAGGGAGAACCUGGACAAGUAAAAGGACUUUCUGCACAUACUCAUGUAGAACUUCCUUAUUACUCCAAAUUCCUACUAAUAGCUGCUUACCUUGCUUCCUACAACCCUUCUCGGACAGAUAAAAGAUUCUUCCUUAAGCAUCAUGGGAAAAUGAAGAAGACAUUUCUGAAAAAACAUGAAAAGACCAGCAAUCACCUACUUGGGCCAAAGCCAUUCCCUCUGGACAGACUGUUAGCAAUAUUAUAUAGUAUUGUGGACAAGAGAGUUGUGCCGACUGGAAAUAUAUUUUCCCAGAUUAGCUCUCUUGUGACACUGCAGCUGUUAACCUUGGUUGGCCAUGAUGACCAACUUGAUGGACCAAGAUACAAAUGUACUGUCUCUCUCGAUUUCAUCAGAGCUAUUGCAAGGACUGUGAACUUCGACAUAAUAAAGUACUUGUACGAUUUCUUGUGAAAACAAGCUUCACAGCCAUAUGGACACUGUGACAAUGACUAAGGCAAGCUGUGUUCAUCUAUCUACUUAGCUGGCCAGGGAGAAGAGUGUUUUGGCUGUUUUGGAUUUGUCCAAACAGGUGCUGGCCCAGCAUGGCUUCUUAUGAAAAUACUCUGAUUGGUCUGGGUGGAUCUGAGCAGAGGACUAUUUACCAGGGACCCUGGAGUAUUUGGAAGCAAUGUGUUAAUUAUAAACAGCAGGGUUUGAGCACAAUCUGUUCUACUCUUAAUGAUGUUAUCUUAACACUGAAAUUGCCUGAAACCCAUUUACUUAGGACUGCAUUUUGCUCUAUGAACUAUCCCCUGUGCUUUGAACAUGGAAGCAGCCCUUGUUUGUGUGCCCAGUCUUUUCACUUCCUCUCCACAGGAAUCUUUGCAAUCGCCUGCCAAAGUAGCUUUUCCUAAGGCCACCAUUUUAAGAGAGUGGAGUAGCAAAAUAUAAUAAACAUAAGUACAUGUUUAAAAUCAA